AGGGCUGUUAGGGGGGGUGAGAGGGAGGCGGAAGACGAGGAGGUGCCGGCGCCGGAGGUGGAAGUCAUUGACGGGUACGAGGCCUCUUUUUCACGUCGGAAGAAGCCCCACGGGCACAGUAUGGAAGAGGUGGUGCACGAGGAGGGGGUCCAGAUGCGCUCGGCGGAGCUGGGUGCGACGGAGAUUUUUGGGGUGUCGCAGGGCCCAAGUGACGACACGUUCUAUGUAAGACUUCGAGGUUACUCUGUCCCCAUAAAUCUGAAGGUUCAUGGUUGGUUUAGGGCCGGGCAGGCGAUUGAGUUUUUAUAUGUGCUCUUCCGGCUGCGGUUCCCCCUGGCAUUCGUGUUCAUCACACCGAAGCAAGUGGCGGCGGCGCUGAAAGUGUGUGUGGAUGAUUUUGCCAAAUUCUCCAAUGACCAGUGGGUUGCUAAGCUGGCGGAGUUAGGAGAUGUCGAUGGUAGUGAGUGGGGGGGGUAUUGUGGGCGGCCACAGCGGAGGGAAAGCAGGAGGGGAAGUGCGAGGCUGACAGAAGCAGGGCAGCACGGGGUCGGUGAGCAAGAGUCUGAACUGCCCGUGUUUCCUGCUAGCACGGAUGAGGGGGAGGGCAGUCGGCAAGGGGGCGGUGAGGGGGGAGGCGGUAGCACUGCUCCUGCGGACCAGCAGCUGCACUGACUGUUUCUCACGCCAUCCAUCCCUGCACUGCACCUGCUGCAACUGCUGCUGCUGCUGCCACAACGGGAGGUAGGGCUGGAGGGGGUAGGAAAGGGUUGUGCACGGUGGCGUGCCGGCUGCUGCAGGUGGUGGGGCAGUGGGGUGCAGCGCCAUGGGCAUGGAGAAGAAUCGCACAGGCAGAGGGGCAGUGUCUUGGAGAGGGUGAGCAGCAUGCAGCAGGGAAGGGGGCAGCAAGUUCCUGUAACCGCCUGCCUUGCGUGCAGGGCACAAGGAAAGA